AUGAAGUCAAUCGCCUUCCUCGCCGCCCUACUGGCCGCCUCGGCGUCCGCUGCCGACACCAAGACACCCGCUGCGGCUGGCACGCUCAAACCUGCCUCCGGAGAGUCGACUAAGCAGCUGCAGCUGGACCGGUUGUUCCCGUCGUCCACUAAGGCCGAUGUCAUUGAGACCAUGUCGACUUGGGGCGCCCCCGUCGUCGCGGAGACCGGCACGAACCACAGCAGCGCCACCCCCACGUUCGGCAAGAUCACGUCCAAGCCUGGCCAGUGCGUCGUCGCUAGCCCGACCGAGUUUGUCACCGAGAAGGACUUGGACUGGGUGUGGCAGAACCGCAUCGGCCCGAACGCCGACGUCUCACAGGAGAAGAACUGGAACGUCAUGGCCAACAAGAACUUCCACAUGGACAAGCUUGUGCACAACAACGGCACCAUCAACUACUGCGUGCGCUGGGACGCCAAGACCAAGCUAGUCAAGAACACGGCGUCCAAGUUCCAGGCCAUCCUGGAGCGCCACUUCAACGCGUGGAACGACUGGCUGGUCGGCUACAACUGCUGGCCGUUCACGAGCGUCAAGGUCAACAUGGUGGGCUGGGCUGCGAAGCAGGCGUCUCAGUUCGGUUGGGCCGACGAAUCGCUCGGUAAGAUCUACGAGGGGGGUAUAUCCUUGUCCGACAAGGCGCCGCAGUGCCCCGACGAGUGCUACCGCUUCUACGACAAUGUGAACAACGUGUGGUCGGACACGAGCGCGUGCCAGGGUGAGCCCUUUGACAUGUCAUUCUGGCUCAAGGACGACAUCCCUUACGGCUUUGGCUACGACUGGGGCCAGGAGGUGAGUCUCGAGAACACCAUGCAGAACCUCUUCGACAGGAACAUCAUGUUCAUUGGUCACGAAAUCGGCCACGGCUUCGGCCUGCCGGACUUCUACAAGCCCGAGGACAAGCCCAGGAAGGACUUUCCCAAUGCAAUCAUGAUGGCGUACAGCUCGACCACGAUCACGCCGAACGACGGCUGGAUGCUGCGUCGCAUCCUCGACCACGUUCGAUCUCGCUACAACUUUUAG